UUUGCUUUCUCUUCUCCCAAUAAGACUCGUUGGUAGAAAUAAAAAAAUUAUAUAAUUAUUGCCGACAAUUUCGAAUAGUGAAAUGUUCUAAAUGUAUAUAAGCUUUAGAUUGUACAACAAUGGUAGCUAGCUAAGACUCCUGUACUGUAUCUCUUCUCUCAAGCAUCAUGGGAUGCUUCAGACUUUGUUCUUCUUCGACAUUUGUCAAUGCCAUUGCUGUUUUUUGCGUGGUCGGAUUUUGGAGCUCACAAUUGGGGAGCACAGAAGGGUUCGAGUCUCUUUUAGGGUCAGCAACAACUCGACUCAGACCCAAAAGGGUUCUUUCGCUUUGUGAUUUUGGUGCCAAGGGAGACGGCAUUCAUAAUGACACCAAGGCUUUCAUAAAUGCUUGGGACAAAGCUUGUUCAUUUCCUGUGAGGACAACAAUUGUAGUCCCCGCUGGAAAUACUUACUUAAUCCAUCCUAUUUAUCUUGGCGGGCCUUGUCGUUCAAAGGUCACUAUAAGGAUAUCUGGAACCAUCACUGCUCCGAAAGAUCCUAAAGCCUGGUCUGGUUUGAAUCCACGUAAAUGGCUUUACAUCCAUGAAGUGAAUCACCUCACCAUUGAAGGAGGAGGUACAAUCAAUGGGAUGGGACAUGAAUGGUGGUCUCGGUCUUGCAAGCGCAACCCAGAAAAAGUAUUACAAUCUUAUCAUAAUCUUAGAGUAGUAUCAAUUACAAUUCAGGCUAUUACUUUCCACAAGUGCAAGAAUCUGAAAGUUAAGGACCUAAUGCUUGUUGAUAGCCAACAAAUGCACAUGGCAUUCACUAAUUGUAUCCGGGUUUUGGCAUCCCAUCUCAAACUCGUUGCACCUGGUUCUAGUCCUAACACUGAUGCAGUCCACAUUAGUUCAUCAAGAAGCGUUGAGGUCAACCAUAGCAUAUUCAAGACAGGUGAUGACUGCAUUUCUAUUGUCGGUAAUUCCUCACAGAUUAGGAUACGUGAUAUUUCUUGUGGCCCAGGUCAUGGGAUUAGCAUUGGAAGCUUGGGAAAGUCAAAGUCAUGGUCACAUGUGCAUGAUGUAACGGUAGAUGGGGCUUUCUUGUCCAAUACUGAAAAUGGGGUGAGGAUUAAAACUUGGCAGGGUGGUAGUGGUUUUGCUUCAAAGAUUUUGUUCCAAAACGUGUUAAUGGAGAAUGUAUCAAAUCCAAUAAUAAUUGAUCAAUAUUACUGUGACUCUCAGAAACCAUGUCACAACCAGGUAGGGACUUUGGCGGUAAAAGUGGAGAAUAUAUCUUUCAAACACAUUAAAGGGACUUCAGCUACAGAGGAAGCAAUAAAAUUUACUUGCAGUAAUAACUUGCCCUGUGAAGGGUUAUAUUUAGAAGAUGUACAGCUUCUGUCAUGCAUUGGGGAAACGACCAGGUCUUUUUGUUGGGAGGCCUAUGGCUCAAGUUUGGGCUUAGUAGAUCCACCAGCUUGUUUUUCCAUCAGUGAAGGCUUCAUCAAAGAGUCAAGGUUAUCAAAUAGCUAUUCACACGUACAGAGCAGUUAAUAUACUUUGCCAUUUUUAGAAACCUGGCCGAGUGAUUUUAUUACGAUAGUUGUUGUAAUUAAUAUUUAUAAGCAUUUUGAUGAGGUUGGCGAUGUUAAUAUCCAAUCGUUUGUUAAUAAAAGAAUGUAACUUUUAUUAAUAUGUUUAACUCAUCUAUAUAAUUACUGAUAAAGGACCUUUUAUCA